AUGGGUGGUAAAACAGCCCCAGAAGAAGAUCUCUUAAACGAUGUUUGCAGGGAAGUAGUCGAGAAGUGGUCUGAAUCUCAGAUUGUUGACGCCAAAGAGAAAAAAGAAGAUGAGAUCCAAGCAAUUGCCAGCAUGAUGGAGAAGCAGGCCAAGCUUGUAGUGAAGCCGAAGGAGGUCUCCCAGGAAGAGAAGCAAAGGAAGGCUGCCCUCCUGGCCCAGUAUGCUAAUGUGACAGAUGAGGAGGAUGGUGAGGAUGAACAGGAUGGAUCCAGUGCAACAGCAAUAAAUAUUGGAUCGGAAAAAUCUUUGUUCCGAAACACAAAUGUGGAGGAUGUCUUGAAUGCCAGAAAACUGGAACGGGAGCUGUUGCGAGAUGAGUUCCAGAAGAAGAAAGAGCAAGACAAACUCCAGCGAGAGAAGGAUAAACUAGCCAAGCAAGAGCGGAAGGAAAAGGAGAAGAAAAGGACACAAAAAGGAGAACGGAAGCGAUAGCUGUGGUUUUUCAGUUGGACUCUGAAAGGAUAAAAUUAAUUAUGAAUAUGGUGUGUGUUUAAAAAGCAACAGAAAUUCUGGGCACGUGGCUGGUGAGUGGGUCUUUGGAAGCAUUUCCUCUUACAUUUACAUAGCAAAAAAGAAAUUUCAAACCUCUUUAACUCCAGAUGUGCCAUGUGCUUGUGGUGUCAAACGUCCCAGUCAGUUAUUGUGGCCAAUGUCUGUACCAAAGAAUGGUGAAGUGAUUAUGUCUGUGUUUCAAAUUGAUCAAUUUUACUUCUAACUGCUUUAAGCGAAGCAAAACAAGAUGUAGGAAAGGGCUUCCAAACUGGCUGCAUCCUCACGCUAGCCUAGGAUUUGCAGCAACAGCAUGUUUUGAUUUGAGAAUAGAGCAAAGCCCCUUUCUGACUUGUAAUUAAGCACAUGCUGCUACAGGGUGGAUGUGAAUUUACAGGGUGGAGCCUUGAAAAAUGUAUUUGCAAAUACAUUUAUGUCUGCUGCCAAGAGCAAUGCUAUGUUUUUAUUCUGACUGAACUGAAAGAGCAGGGUUUGGCUCUGACCUCAGCAAUGGUAAAUGCUGUUCUACAGCGAUAGAAAGGAAAUCUUAUGAAAUAUAUAUGAGUUCCAGCUAUGAGAUUGCUUCACCUACAGGCUCUUGGUAAAGGAAAUGCUACAGUGAUCUGAAUAUCAGAUAGAGCAGUUGCAAAUUGCUCAAGUCCUAAUACUGUCUUACGGCUUGAUGCUGGUAGCUAGAAGAUGGUGCUCCCCGAUGUGGAUGAACAUCAACUGUUAUUCCUACAGUAGUGCCAGGGCAAACGCUUUAAUGCCAGCUCAGUGCUGAGCAGCUGUGGCUGUAACUGAUUUUUACAAGCUGGUUUACAAGCUGGUCAUCUCCUGCCUGGCUCAGCUGCUUGUAGGAGCUGUCCUAGCUGGGGGAAAGCAGCAAGGUUUGAACAUUUCCCUUGCCCACAGAAGGGCUAGUUACCUGUGAUUUUUUCAGCCUCCUUCAUGAAAGUCUCACCUGCCUCUGGAAAGGAGAACACUAACUUCUGUGAACUGCACCUAAAGGAAGACCUGCAGCACUUCAGGGUUGCGGGGGGAACCGGUGUGCCCCAUCCACGUGCUGCUUUGUGCUCUGGCCACUGUGUUCACUUGCAAGACUUGUUUUUGAGGAUGGGCAGGUUUUGACCAGCUGUUGAUGGUAACUGUCCUUAUCACCUGCUUUCAGCACCAGUCUGAUUAAAGGUUAAUGCAUCCUGUUUAACUGCUGCAAGUGUGAGUAGCUGCUUUAUCUUUGGACUUGAAUAGUAAAACUGGUUGGCCAAGAGA